AUGUUCUCAACACUCUCACCUCUUUUAUUUAGCCUGCUCUGCGCCGACUACGCGGUCUCCCAGGAUUGUGUUGGCACCAUAUCUUCCGUGGACGAUGUGGCAAUAGCAGUCAAGUGCAAAACCGUGAAUAUCAAUGCCUUUACUGUGCCACCAAAUGUUACAUUCAACCUCUCUCUCUUGGAUAAUACAAUUGUCAACAUGCUCGGAAAUGUGUCUUUUGGAGUAUUUAAUUGGGCUGGGCCAUUGUUUCAAGUAAGUGGGAAGCAAGUUUUGUUUAAUGGCAAUGGCUACUUCUUCGAUGGGAACGGUCCAGCCUACUGGGACGGAUUAGGAGGGAACGGAGGGGUUAUUAAGCCACAUCCCAUGAUGAAGAUCAAAAUAUCAGGGCUUUUUACGAAAGUUGGGGUACUUAACUCGCCCGCGCAUACAUUCAGUAUAUCGAAUCCCGCCCCUUUAACCAUCUCCCAUAUAACUAUCGAUAACUCACUCGGAGCUUAUCCAAACGCUAACAGUAGCGGGAAGCCGGCUGGACACAACACAGAUGGAUUCGACUGCUCGACUACUAAUUUGGUCAUCGAAAACAGUUUGAUAAUGAAUCAGGAUGACUGUAUUGCAAUCAACAAAGGCAACAACAUUACCUUCCACAAAAAUACCUGUGUUGGCGGCCAUGGAAUCUCGGUUGGCUCUAUUGAUAGUAACGUAGUCGCAUCAAACAUUCAAAUUACCGGGAAUACUAUAAUUAAUAAUGACCAAGCCCUGCGAAUCAAGACGAAAGCUGCUGCAACUAACUCGACAGUUACGAACAUCACUUUCUCCGGGAAUACAGCAACUGGAUGCAGCGAUUUUGGUGUAAUAAUUGACCAGAGCUAUUCAGCAACCUUGGGCACUCCAGGUGAUGGGGUAGCGUUAUCGAAUGUCAAAUUCGUUGGUACUAUGAACACGAUUCAUGUGAAUGAUACUGCAAGGCGUGUUGCAGUAAAUUGCGGAAAUUCAUCUUGCAUUGGUGUGUGGGAUUGGAAUAAGCUAAAUGUCACAGGAGGUAUCUUUGGCCCUGUCAAUUACGCAGGGAUCACCAACUGGAGCCAGUAA